GUAUAACAUGAGAACUCACCUGAUUACCCGCGAUCUGUCCCCAGCGAGCUCUUGGCAUUGCCUCACAGGCAACCUUCAGCUAUAUUGCACUUUAUCCCAGGGCUCAGUGCGACUAUGGUACUUCUACCAAUCUCGUGUGUCCUUGCCUCUGGUGCCCAUCCAGAUGCCAGCUCUAUGCAGCUGUCCGGAGGCAUAUUUCCGGAAAUUUUCCGAGUCGUGAUUUGCUACCAUCGAAGUCACUACCCUUCCUGGCCUUCUGCUGGUUACCUAGCAACAUAUGAUGUAUAUUUACUAAAAUCAGUACGUGGCGAAAGUCAAUUUUUACAGGGCUCUAUAAACUGUGUGCUUAAGCUCCUGGACCAUGAGGAAGCAAGAUAGCCAUAACCUUGAAUUCAUCAGAUAAUCCCUAAGUGGCUAGAACCUCCACUUCUUCUAUAGCUUUUGGCGCUGUGGUCAGAUUCUCGUAACCCUGCUGAGUAACGUGCACAUUAUCUUCAAU